UCCUCGCCUCCUGCUGCCCCCGCGAUGCAAGAGGAGGGAGACAGCGCCCCGAUUCCAAAGCACCGGCGGACUGAGCGAAGCCGCUGCAGAAACGGCGGCUCCCGCGCCACCUCCUUUCCUAAACCGACAGGUGCCCAGAGCGCAGGUAAGCCCAAAGGGGCUCCUCUCCACCGGUCUGACUCUCUUGCCUCUUCUCUGACCGGGCAGGAUCGGGCGCGGGGCGCGGCAGGCAUCGUGGGAAACUUUCGCAGCUUUCCCCGCGGGGAGAUCCGAGGCUGGCACCGGAGGAGCGGCACCGAUCCCGCCCGCCCAGCCCCGGGGAGUUGGAUCGAGCUCUGACGACGCGCUGCCUCUGCUCCGGAUCCGGCGCUUGCAAGCGAUGCUCGCGGGAGCCGCCGCAGAAGGAGCCGACCAAGCUUUGAUGCCAGCCGAGCAGAGGCGGGGACCCUGCGGGACGAAGAGCGAUUGAAGCGUCUCCUGGGCAGGAAUCGAGAGCGCGCCCUCUGAUGGAGAACGCCUCUAAUGACAGCCGUGCACCGGUGGAGCAGCAGCCGGAGGAGGCCGGCGCUCAUAGCGGGCAGGUGCUGGCAGGUUGCUUGCUGGCGCUGCUGGUGCUGAGUACCCUGGCGGGCAACAGCUUGGUCUGCCUAGCUGUUAUCCGGUCGCGCCACCUGCGUGCCAGAGUCACCAACUGGUUUGUCCUGUCGCUGGCUGUCUCCGAUCUCUGCGUGGCCCUUCUGGUGAUGCCCUGGAAGGCUGUCACUGAGGUGGCAGGGGGGACCUGGCUCUUUGGCGCCCGCUUUUGCGACACGUGGGUGGCCUUUGACAUCAUGUGCUCCACCGCCUCCAUCUUCCACCUCUGCAUCAUCAGCUUGGACCGGUACUGGGCCAUUGCCAGCCCCUUCCGCUAUGAGCGGCGCAUGACGCGCGGGGUGGCUUCUGCCAUGAUCACCUUGGCCUGGACCCUCUCCCUGCUCAUCUCUUUCGUCCCGGUGGAGCUCCAUUGGCACAAAGCCGAGGAACGGGGCCGCCCUGAUCCGCCACACCGCUGCGACACGCGGCUUAAUCCCACCUAUGCUGUCACCUCUUCCUUGAUCAGCUUCUACAUCCCAGUCUCUAUUAUGAUUGGGACCUACACCCAGAUCUACCGCAUCGCUCAAGCUCAGAUCCGCCGCAUCUCCUCACUGGAAAAGGCAGGAGGCCUGUGCUCGGCUCAGGGGAAGGAGCCUGCAUCUUCCCUGCGCACCUCGCUGUGCAAGGAGACCAAGGUGCUUCAGACUUUGUCCAUCAUUGUGGGGGUCUUUGUCUGCUGCUGGCUGCCCUUUUUCUUCCUCAAUUGUCUAUUGCCCUUUUGCGACUCCAAGCCAGACAAGGAAGGCCGACUUUCUGGUCAAGGCCUCUGCGUGAGCCCGGCUGUCUUCAAUGUUUUCAUGUGGUUGGGCUGGGCCAACUCUUCCCUCAACCCAGUCAUCUACGCUUUCAAUGCAGACUUCCGGCGGGCAUUCAGCAGCUUGCUGGGCUGCCCCCAGUGCCCUUGUGGGCUUCCCAGCAGUUCCGCCGUUGAGAGAGUCAACUUGAGCAAUGAGCUGGCUUCCUACCACCACAACUCCUCCUGCCACAAAAGCAGAGGAAGCGGCCCUUUCCCAUUGCCAUCGCCCAUGCUUGCUGCCUGGAGCCAGCCGCUGCCUCACACUGUGGACUCUCAAGGAGAGGAGGAGAAUUGUGGCGAACCCCUGCUUCAGAAAGAGAAGCUACCAUCGUGUCAGGUCAUUCACAGGAGUGAGGCCACAAAUGUUAGCCAGAGAGCUUUGCUCCCGCUUGAAUGUGAAAUGGAGGUCUCUUUAGAGACUAUCACUCCCUUUACAGAGAUCACUGGACACUAGAGUGUCUAUAGACCCAUCCAGGAAAUGUGUCACGGUCAUAUCUGUGGAUGGAUGGGACCAUUUAGAAACUUCCCUUGUUCUUUAGUCAAAAAGAGUUGGGCUACGUGCUCUGGCACCUUGUGGUCAGCCCAUGUGUGUCUUGAGAUGUCCUCAAGAAACGUGUGAGGACAACAGCUCUCUUCCCUGCUAUUUGGAUGGAGUAGCUUGCUGCUUCUAAGGGCAGAAGCGGACAAGAGGGCAGUUUUGUGAUUAGAAGCACAUCUCCCUUAAGAGUGAAUAGACUUUUGUUUUUUUUCCCCUAUGAAUUAGAUAUUUUUGUAUCAGUUUGGAAUCAAUUUGCAAGUUCAUUUUGUAAAUGGUGGAAUAAUGUUUUGUCACUUUCUAACUGUGAAGUUGCCCUCUUUUCUAUUUCUGCCCUGAUACUGGAGGUGGCCUGUAGCCAUUAUAAUUGCCCGCCAUAAAUUUGGAACAGUUCAAGAUGGAGACCCUGUUCCUCCUUUGUUUUCCUCAUAAUGGUUGCCACUGGUUGGCAUUUGACCAGUCUUUUUCUCUGUAGGCCUGUGUCUGGGCCAUGUCAGGUUGCAAAUGGGGCUCACAUAAUGUUACAGUGUACUGGUUAGUGCCACUAGAAUUUGGGAGAGCCCAGAUCUGGUCCUUGGUGAGCAAUAAAAAAAUUCCCCAAGUGACCUUGGCCCAGUCACACUCUUGGGCUGAGAAGAUGUGGGCUGUGGUGAGGAAAACAACCAGACAGAGGAGGAGGUGAGUUUUGGGUUCAGUGGAGGAAAGGUGGUGAGUUAUAAACGUAAUUAAUACAUACAGUAUAUAACUAUACUUAUAGCAUGGGUGCCCAAUUGUAAUUUUAAUUUACCACUUUGACAUCACAAGUCAUCCUUUGUGCAAAAUCCAGAUUCCAUCCCGGAAAUGACCAUGCAUGGAAAUAAUUUCCACAUCAUAUUUUAAGCAUUUCUGCACACUUGGGUUUUCAUUCGUCUUAUCCUGUUUCUAAUAUCUCUGGUUGUGCCCUAACCUUAGAAGAAUAUUUUUAGACCAUGGAUAUUUUUAUUUAAGCAUUUAUUUAGUGUUAGAAUUAGUAUUGUACUGGAUACACAACACAGAGUUUACUUCAAAUGCAUUAUGUGAAUCCAUGGAUCUGUCACGUGUGCUUUGCAUGCUUUGUGCUAAGCAUGCUAUUACUUCUUUUGAAUUUAUGAUCGUUUAAUUAUGUUAUUUCUCACAGGACUAUUUUUGUUGUAAAGACCAGUGUGUGGAAGUUGAUUGGGAAAUGCAGCAGUAGGUUUGAGGAAAGGGCAGAGAAUAUACAGAACAGAUGCUGUGUAAAAGGGCUUGGAGAAGCUUGAAAAACAAAAGGAGAAAGGGCUUCUUAGGGUUCUGUUCCAGUAGGCAGAGGGACCCUGUAAGUUAGGCUAAAAGGAGAAACCCUUUGGUCCCCCCACAUGUUCUGAGUUACAGUUCCCACCAGGAGUCAUGCUGAAUGGAGUUGAAUACCAAGCCUCAGGAAGGCUGAUUUUCUGCACUUCUGAUGUAAACAACUUUUCCAUUUGAGGCUUCCACAGAGUUGGGGUAGUAUUUAAUUAACUGGGCAGGGCAGGGCCUGAUUUGACAGUCUCCUCCCAUGGAACUAUCCCGCCUUUUGUGACUAGGUCAGUCGCGCAGUCUUUCAAAAUUUGCUUGGAAUUAAGUUCAGUUGGGCACACUCCCAGGUAAACAGAACUUGGGGGGGAAAUUUUAAACAACAUAUUCCAGAAUAUCUAGCCCUCAUGCCCAUUGGCUAGCCUAGUUGUGUGAUUCUGGGAUAUAUAGUUGGGGAAAGUAGCUUUUUUGAGAGCUCUGCAGGUGAAGACGCGUAUGUUAGCAACCUGCAGUGUUACAACGGAGUCUGCAACUAGCCAAGCAAAAUCCUACCUGCAUAGAUGUGUUGGCAAUGAGUGGUCUGGCUUUGAAGGUGUGUGCAUGUUGGGGGUGGGGAGAGAAUGACUAGGCUACAAUACUGUACUUAAUUCCAAGACGGUGCUGUUGGAAGGGCUGAAGUGUGCCUUGAAAAAUGAAGCCAUUCUCAGAUACCAUCCACUGUUAUAUUCCCUCUGGAGGAGGAGCAGGCAGGAUUGGCCAGAGCUUGGAAACAAAACUGUUUUGGACUACAACUCCCAGAAUCCUCUGGCCAGCUUCACCAGCUCAAGAAAGCAAUAUUUUCAGGCUCUGAGACAAGCCCAAGGCAUUUUUUUUGGCCUGAGGCAAAGCAGCAGAUUAGGCAUCCUUCAGUCUCGAGAGACUAUGGUAACGUGCUCUGUAUGGAGGACUUGGAACAGCAACAGAUGGCUGUCUUUUCAAGCAGGUCAAGGUGCAGAGUUCCCCUGACAGGCCAUCUUGUUUUGGCCUGUGAGGGAGACCCUUGCAAAACCAGUUUUCUCUUUCCUUGGCCAGGAAAAACAGAUCACAAUAAGUCUUCAUGAAACCUAAGGCUCACAAGCAGAGGCAGCCAGCCACCUGCCUUAGGGCAAUGGUAGUGCCAACUCAGAGAAAACGGCAAGGUACUUCUCAAUUCCUCUCGUAGCAAUGGUUAAAGACUGGAUUGAGAGGAAACACCUCAGCAGAUGAGAAGAUGGACGGUGUAUUGCCUGUUACCCCCACCAUCCCUGUUUUUUUAAAAAAGAUAUAUCUAAAUAUGCACUUUAAGAGUAUGAUGGUAAGUCUAUGUAAAUGUUGUCCUGGCAUUAUGCAGUAGUCAUUUUAUAUGGUAUUUUGCUGCUCUCAACUUUCAGCCGUACAGUCUCUAAAGUGAAUUCAGAUUCUAUGAUCCAGCAACCUGAAACCUUUCAUUUUUUUGGUUGCUAUAUUAAAUAUUAUCAUAGGCAACUACGGAAUUGUGUUUGUGUGUGUGCGCUCGCGGGCGCAUGUAUCCUUCGUGCCUAGGCCAUAACCCUGAUCUUCAAAGAAAGAGAGAAAAAAGGAAAACUCUCAGCAGUGUAAAGCGCCUGAGGCCAGCAUGAUUCCUCAAGCAUCGCAUUUCUCUCUAAGGCGGCUUGGGCUGUGCAUUUAAAACAUAAGGUACUGCCACAGCAUUGAAAUGCAUACAAUUAGACAUUGUGCUUAUCUUGGGCAUGUCACGUUAGUGGGACUUCACUGUGAGACCUCUCAUGAUUAUAUGAAUAAGAAUGUAAGUAUUUGCUUUGCUUUUGUUCUGCUUCCUGGACAAUAAAAUCUCCUAG